GCGAGGAGCUCGAAGGGAUUUCUCGCCACCGUCGUGCUAUGUCGCCAAGCUGUUGCGUUGCCGCUCAUCUCUUCUUCACCGUCGCCGCUCAUCUCUUCUUCACCGUCGCCGCUCAUCACCAUCGUCGUAUCCUCUGUCACCAGUUCGAAAGUGGGUAUGGUUUUGAUAAUGAUGAUGAACUGCAACGGCUAAUUAAGAUAGAGAAGCGAGCUUGAUGCAGCUGCCACCAAGCUGCAGAAGGUUUAUAGGAGUUACCGUACCAGAAGAAACUUGGCAGAUUGUGCUGUGGUGGUGGAGGAACUAUGGUGGAAGGCAUUGGAUUUUGCUGCUCUUAAAAGGAGUUCAGUUUCGUUCUUUGAUGUGGAGAAACAAAAAUCUGCUGUGUCAAGGUGGGCAAGGGCAAGAACAAGAGCAGCUAAGCUUUCUUGGCCCAAGACAUUGGUCAAUAAGUGGUUCAAUAUCAAGUGCAAAACUGAUAACUUUCAAGCAGAUGAUGACGUUGAUGAUGAUGUCCUUUAUCAAGGCAGACUUUUCAGAAUUCAUUUGGUUCUAUGAUUUUGUUUUCUUCAUGUGUCGCGAGAAUGGUCAAAAGAAUAUUUCUGUAAGCAGGGCAGUAACUGCUUGGAAAUUAGUUCUUGUUGGGAAUGAAUACUGAUACAAUUGUUAAGGCCAAGAGUUUUCUUGAUGGUGAUGAAGAUCAGCAUGAAAAAGAUGUGUUUGAGAAGAAUUUGAAGGCAUUUCAGAACAUUUUUUAGUCAUUAUGCCAAGAUUAGAAGAUUAACGAUUUUCUGUUUGUUAAAUUCUUUUCGGAUAUAGAGUGCAAACUUUGCAUUUUAAUUGAUAUGUGAUACAAGUUUCAUGUGACUUAAAUUAUCUUAAGUUAUAUUUUGAUUGUUAAUUGCUUCUUAA